AUUAUUGUGGUUACCUGUGCUGUUGAUUUACAUGGCUGAUACUCAGAUUUGGUACUCUAUCUAUUCUCCCAUUGUGGGGGCUGCAAUGGGGUUGCUGCAACAGCUCGGUGAGAUCCGAAACAUCGAGCAACUUAGCUUGAGGUUCCGGUUCGUCGCCAGUGUCAUUCAACUCAACCUGAUGCCACAAGAAGAUACAAAGAUUAGUUGUCAAACUUUAAGGGAAAAGUUCAGUGAAGUCAUUCAUCGGCUGAAGUUGAGAUGUGGGCUCAGCAAGCCUUUCAAACUGGUUGAACUCGAAUCGAACCAGGUUAAGGCUAACAAGUUUGCUCUGAUAUGGAAUGAAAUAAUUACUACUUUUAGGGAAGAAGAUAUCAUAUCUGACCAUGAGGUUGUGCUAUUACAGUUGUCCCGACAUUCUUGGGACAUCAGGGUUAUUCGUUGGCCUUGUUUUCUUUUGAAGAAUGAACUGCUACGUGCUCUUGAUCUGGUUGUAGACUUAAUGGAUGCUCCCGAUAAGUGGCUCUGGUAUAAAAUAUGCAAGAGCGAGUAUAGGCGAUGUGCUGUGAUCGAAACAUAUGAUUCUGUCAAGUACUUGAUGCUUCAUGUACUAAUCAAAAGCAAUACCGACGAGCAUUCAAUUCUCAAAGUUAUAUUUCAGGAAAUCAAUCAGUCUAUUGAGAUCGGGAAGUUCACUGCAACAUUUAGAGCGGAUGCACUGCAACAAGUUCAUUCCCAGUUGAUAAAACUCGUUGAGCUGUUGCUUGAGCCCAACAUGAACGUGAAUGGGAUUGUUAAUGUCAUGCAGGCACUUUAUGAAAUUGUUGUUCGUCACCUUUUUAAAGCAAAGAGAACUACAUACCAGUUGAGGGAGGAUGGGUUGGCUCCUAAAAGUCAAACUGCCAUGGCUGGAACGCUAUUUGAGAACACAGUUGAAUUGCUGGAUCAUGGUAAUAAGAACUUCUAUAUGCAAGUUAAGCGCUUGCAUACUAUUCUUACCACUAGGGACCCAAUGCAGACCAUUCCUGGUAAUAAUGAGGCAAAACGUCGACUUGCUUUCUUUAGCAACUCCCUUUUUAUGAAAAUGCCUCGAGCUCCUCCAGUGGAGAAGAUGAUUGCUUUCAGUGUCCUUACCCCUUUCAACGACGAAGAUGUUUUAUACAGCAAAGAAGCACUCCAAACUAAGAACGAAGAUGGGAUUUCCAUCUUGUAUUAUUUGCAGACCAUUUACGAUGAUGAGUGGAAAAAAUUCAUCCAAAGAAUGCGCCGAGAGGGAAUGGAAACAGCUGAUGAAAUAUGGACAACCAAAUUAAGAGAUUUAAGGCUUUGGGCAUCUUAUAGGGGUCAGACACUUUCACGCACUGUCAGGGGAAUGAUGUACUAUUAUCGAGCUCUAAAGCUUCUAGCUUUCCUCGAUUCUUCAGCGGAGACGGAUACUACCGUAGCAGAAGAGGAAGGUAUUGCUUUGAUGAAGUAUACAUAUGUAGUUUCCUGUCAGAAGUAUUGGGAACAUAAGGCCAAACGGGACCCUCGUGCUGAGGAGAUCAUGGAUCUUUUAAAACACAAUGAAGCCCUUCGAGUUUCCUAUAUUGAUCAGGUUUCAACAGGGAUUGACGAGAAGGAAUAUUACUCCAUUCUCAUUAAGUAUGACCAGCAAUUACAAAGGGAAUUGGAGAUCUAUCGAAUCAAAUUACCCGGUCCAAUAAGGCUUGGAGAAGGCAAACCAGAGAAUCAGAACCAUGGAUUUGUCUUCACUCGUGGUGAUGCAGUUCAAACCAUUGAUAUGAACCAAGACAACUAUUUUGAGGAAGCACUAAAAAUCCGUAACCUGUUGGAAGAAUUCAGGCACCACCACGGAAUUCGUAGACCAACUAUCUUGGGAGUUAGAGAACAUAUUUUCACUGGCUCCGUUUCAUCAGUUGCUUGGUUUAUGUCAGCUCAGGAAACAAGCUUUGUUACAUUACUUCAGCGUCUCUUUGCGAAUCCACUGAAAAUCCGAAUGCAUUAUGGCCACCCCGAUGUCUUUGACAGGCUUUGGUUCUUGACUCGUGGCGGCCUUAGUAAAGCGUCCAAAGUGAUUAAUAUCAGUGAGGACAUUUUUGCUGGCUUUAACUGUACUUUGCGAGGGGGCAGUGUCACACACCAUGAAUACAUUCAGGUCGGAAAAGGACGAGACCUUGGGUUGAAUCAAAUAUCAACGUUUGAAACCAAGAUAGCUUGUGGAAACGGUGAACAAAUCCUCAGCAGAGAUGUUUACAGGUUGAGUCAAAGACUUGAUUUUUUCAGGAUGCUAUCAUUUUUUUACACAACUAUUGGAUAUUUCUUUAACACAACAGUGAUCAUCCUUUCCGUGUAUGUAUUUUUAUGGGGUCAACUUUAUCUGGCUCUCAGUGGUGUCGAGAAUUCCGUUCUAGGGAACGGCAACAACUGCAAGAAAGCACUCAGUGCUGUUAUCAAUCAAGAACUCAUCAUUCAGUUCGGAGUGUUUACUACCCUUCCAGCACUACUUGAGAGCUCCAUUGAGAUUGGUUUCCUUGAAGCCAUUUGGGAAUUCUUGGUUAUGCAGCUCCAGCUUUCAACUGUUUUCUAUACAUUCUCGACAGGAACACGUGCUCAUUUCUUCGGUAGGACCAUCAUUCAUGGGGGUGCAAAGUAUAGGCAGACUGGGCGUAACUUCGUUGUGCAACACACAAGUUUUGCAGAAAAUUACAGACUCUACGCACACAGCCAUUUCAUAAAGGCCAUCGAGUUCGGAUUGAUUCUUGCAGUUUAUGCCAUGUAUACCCCAUCAGCCAAGUUAACGUUCUUUUACAUAGACAUGGCAGUCACAUGUUGGCUCCUAGUACUCUCCUGGAUAUUUUCUCCCUUCCUAUUCAAUCCUUCUGGUUUUGAUUGGCUAAAGACAGUGAACGACUUCGAAGAUUUCAUGAAUUGGAUUUGGUACCGUGGUGGUGUAUUUGCAAAGGCUGAACAGAGCUGGGAAAGGUGGUGGUACGAGGAGCAGCACCAUUUACUAACAACCAGCCUUUGGGGAAAGCUACUGGAAAUCGUUUUAAACCUUCGUUUCUUCUUUUUCCAGUAUGGAAUUGUAUACCAUCUGCGAAUUGCAGACCAAAGUAGGAGCAUUUCCGUUUACUUGUUGUCUUGGAUCUUCAUUUUCGUGGCAUUCGGAAUUUAUCUAACAAUAUCGUAUGUUCAGGACAAAUACAGGACAAAAGAGCAUAUAUAUUAUGUUCGGAUGGCUGAUUACCUGUUGAUGAUACUUGGGAUACUUGUUAUUAUUCUUCUGAGAGCUUUUACAGCCUUCAAAUAUGUUGAUAUCUUCACCAGUCUGUUGGCUUUCAUUCCCACUGGUUGGGGACUGAUAUCGAUCGCUCAGGUAUUUCGACCCCUUCUUCGUCAUACCAGAGUCUGGGAUUCCGUGGUCUCCGUGGCUCGAUUGUAUGAUAUACUAUUUGGAGUUAUUGUCAUGGCUCCUGUGGCAGUUUUAUCAUGGAUGCCUGGAUUCCAAUUAAUGCAAACAAGGAUUCUCUUCAAUGAUGCAUUCAGCAAAGGCCUGCAAAUGUUCAAGAUUAUUACUGAAAAAGUACAUCAAAAAGAUGUCUAAGCUCCUCUUACUAUUGUAGAUAUCAUUUUCUUACAUU